GAAAUGCGAAUCCUCAUGUUGGGCCUGGAUGCAGCCGGCAAGACCACUAUCCUUUACAGACUGAAGCUGUCGGAGGUCGUGACAACGAUCCCUACGGUGGGGUUCAAUGUUGAGACGGUUGAGUACAAGAACAUCAGUCUGACCAUCUGGGAUGUUGGAGGCCAGGACAAGAUCCGCAGGCUGUGGCGCCACUACUACCAGGGCACUGACGGCUUGAUCUUUGUGGUAGACAGCUCUGAUCGUGAUCGCAUCAAUGAUGCGCGGGAUGAGCUGCAGCACAUGCUGGGCGAGCCAGAGAUGGAGAAGGCAGCUCUGCUGGUGCUGGCGAAUAAGCAGGACCUUCCUAACGCAAUGUCCGCGAGCGACGUCAUGCACGCACUGGAGCUGCAGAAGAUGCAGCAUCGUAAGUGGUUCAUACAGGCGACCUCAGCCCCGACAGGGGAUGGCCUGUAUGAGGGCUUGGACUGGCUUUCCCGCGCCCUAUGCUCGAAGCCGAGUGGCAACGAGUUCUGCAAAGCCUCUGGGAAGCCAGGCGACCUGAGAUGGAGGAGGUUCUGCAGCGAAGGUCCAAGCAUGGCCCAGCCCGGUGAGGAAUCGGCACAGCCAGAAACAUCGCUCGCCUCAAUCUCGCCGUUCAGUUCGUUCGAUGAACUGGAUACGAGCCUCGAUGUCGACUAUUCACGAUUAGAGACUGAGGCGAUGCGAUCUCAAACAAUGUCAUCGAUGGGCAUGGUGCUUGAAGACAAGCUGGAGGCAUUCAAAGGCUAUCUGAUUUUCUCAGAGGAGAGCUUUUUCGUUGCUUUGGGAACAUUGUGCUUUGUGACGCGCGUGGUUUCUCCGGGCAUCGCAGGUAAUUUCUUUCUCCAGGAAGUCGAAGACUUUGUCAAUGUAUCGUUCUUUGUCAAGUUUUUGCUUCUGUUCUGGAUUAAUGAGUUCAACAUCUCCUGGCUCUUCACGGGAAAGGGAGUGUUAGAUCUGGCGAGCAGCUUGCCAGUGCUUUGUAUUCCGGCGCGGCUGAUAGGCGGUCCCGCACUCGAGAGGACGACGGAUUUGCUGCAAAUCGGCAGGUUCCUCCGUUUGCUUCGCGUGGCGCUGCCUUCAGACAGGGAUGCUGGCCCUGGUGGUAUAGUGAUGAGGACUGUUCCCGUGAGUCAGCAGAUCAUCGCCGUCUUGCUCUCCUUGCUGGGUACUGUCGUUGUUUCCGCCACUGUCUUGUACGCGUUUGAGAAUCCCGACACAGAUAUGGAGGAGCGCACCUUUGAAGAUGCUCUUAUCUACAUGGUCAACAUCUUUGCGGGUCGCGAUCCACCAUGGUAUCCGCUGAAUCCACAGGCAAAGAUUGCCUCUGUGGUGGCCACGACUUCAGGGAUAAUCUUCAUUCCCUUCCUGGUGGCAAGAUCAGUCGAGCUCUUCAUGAAGAGCGACGAUCAAGCGGCUGUAAGUGCUGUCGGUACGGUAUUGGCUCCAGGAGGCAGCGAUGUCAGCAGCUGGGCGGAAGUCUUGGAGUGUUUAGACGUCGUUGAGCAGCAAGGCUUCCUCGAAAAGGAGGAGAUGAGGCAACUUCGUCUGAUGUGCCUGGACAGGGACGACCGCCUGGCCAUUCUGCACACCUGCUACUCGAAGAGAGCAAAGGAGAAGAGAAACCUGAAGCUUUACGCUUAUUUCCGCGGCGAGUCUGCCGCCACCUGCGUCCAGUUUUCCACCGGCCUAACACUGAGCCGUGCUCACCUGGGUCGGACGGCUCUGCAGAGCCCCUCUCUGGGCUGGACUGCUGUCACGAGCGAAAAUGGACGAGUUCAGACAAAAAAGCUCGUUAUUGAGCUGGAUCUUCUCGAUGAGACUGAGAUGCCAGAACGUAGCAGGCGCCGAGCCUGGCGGAAACCGCUCGCCAACGAUUCCACGAAGGUGAUGGCCUGGAGACCACGUGCUGCUGCAAAGCAUGGGACCAUCGGUGUUCCCGAAGGUCGCCACGAGAAGCGGUGCCAUCCGCCUAGCCAGAGAAGAGGGCUGCGGUCGCAGCGGCUUGCCAAAGAAGAGACAAGCCUUGCGUGCCUGCUUGGCUCGAGAAUUUUUGGCGCAUGCAGGGGUGAGGCGAUACCUUUACUGGAGCUGAGCGAUGCGCGUUCCACGACGUGUGUAAACGACAUGCCCAGGGGUCGAAGAGGCAGAAAGCGUGCCUCGCCUCGAGUGUCCAUAUCCCAGAAGGGAGCUGAUGCCUUCAAGCAUGCGUGUUUUCGAUUGGGGAGGCAACCCACCUGCGACGUGCUCGCUGAUUUACGUGACAAUGGUGCCUUGGUGCUGGACGUGCAGCUCUGCCGGGACCUGGAGCCCUGUCUCAUCUUCCUCCGCGAGGCUCCCAUGGGCAUCUACCAGGUAGUGAUCUACGAUGGCUUCUGGUUCUUCGGGCAGGACGACAACUAUCGAGUCAAGCUCCAGGCUGCUGCGCAGCGAAUGCCGCAGGGCAUACUGCAGGACCAGGUUCAGCUGCUGCGCCUCAUGCGUGCACUUGCCGCCUUUUGCAAUUUGCGCGGUCGUGGCCUAGCAGUGUUGGAGCUCACUGGCCUUCCCUUGGGACGCUCCGCGCAUCACAACGUCACGGUGCCACUGUGCCACUGCCUGGCAGCUGCGCCGGCACUGCAGCACUUGGCCGGCUGUGCUCUGCAAGAUCGUGGGCUGGCUCAGAUUUUGCCAUAUUUCGGUACUCGGCUCCCGAAGCUGUCGCACUUAUCUUUGGCACAGAAUCACCUACGAGACCUUCGACUGCUGGCUCGUCUGCUGCACGUUCGAGCGCAAGCCCAACAAAAGCAGCAGGUGGUGCCACUCAGUGUACUGGACCUUUCCGGCAACCCACUGCUGGGUGCCAUUCGCAAUUCGCACGAGACUUCAUUGAGAUUCUGGCGGCGAGACCAGCGUGUUCCCUUGACAAGGGAAAAUUUGCUACGCGUUCUUUGCCAAGCUUUGAGAUCGGGUCUGCUCAUCAAGACCGUUCGUCUUAGGUCCAUGUGUCUGCGGCGAGAUGAUUUGCGACCACUGCUGCAAUUACUGCGAAGAGAGCUGGCGCACGAGUACGACGGCUACAACCGCCGCUUCCCUCUGGCUGAGUUGAGUUUGGAAGACAACGACCUGGGCGAGCAGUUCCCGGCUGCCAUCGCGAAUGCGCUGAGAGAGCUGUCCCCUGUCGUGGGCGUGCGUUGGCCACGCCCUGGGCAAUCACAAGGUUUGAUGCCAGAGCGGCCUCCUGCCUCUACACGCCAAGGGCAUGCAGCUGCGAGAGUUCUUCGGAAGCCAGAGUCGCUGCCAGACUUGUACACCACUGGCAACGACAUGCCAGAGCGAGAUGCCCUCAGUGAGGGGGAUAUCGAGGACAAUGACGUGUUUAGCUUGAAUCUUCGGUCUCGCCGGGAAACCAUGCUGCGAUUCCGUGAGGAACUCAAGAUUCUGUCUACGAUUUUAGGGACGAGGGAGAGAGGAGCUAGAGGACGAGACUCCGAAGUCGAUGCCCAACAUGAGCUGCACGGGGAGUGGCAAACCGCGAGCGAACCUGUCACAUUUGCCACACGGGGUUUCGGGCCUACAUGUCAAAGAUUGGCGAAUAUGGUCAGCUUGAGCGAAUCCGAGGAAAGCGACCGAAGCGGCAUUGCUGUUGGUGCCAUUCCAGACAUGGGUUUAGCAUGCGGCUUCGGCCCUCCAGUCCCUCCCGGCUCCUCCUACACGUCGGAGGGCUCAGAGCCCUCCGAUCCGCAGAGGCACGCAAAGAUGCAGGUCCUUCGAAACGUGAUUUCAGAAGGGCGGCAAAGUGACAUUCCUACAGAUCAGAUGAUGAGGUUUGCUCUGGAUCUAGUGAGCUCAGACACAAGUCUCAAUGCUUUGCCAGAGCCCGUGAACAGAGGGGCAGGCGAGCUCUCUAGCCGCAAGCAGCCUGGCGGCAACUUGCCAUCAUAUCUGCAUGGCCCAGUCAGCAGCUCUCCUCUCAAGGUUGUCGUGGACGUGCGAGUUGAGAACGCAGCAAGCACACGUACACAUUGCUACCCUGUUAUGAACCAGAUCAUGUCACCUUCAAUGUCCGUUGAGAAGGUUGUUGGCGUCGCCCUUGCCAAUGCCGCAGCUAACCAGCAAGGGCAGCUCCGCGGUACAGCGUCGAUGGUGCCGGCUCCAGCUGGUGCACCCAUGCCGUCGAGGACGUGCAGCGACGUGGUCGGCAGGGGCAGGGUCUCUUUGUGCAAGACCAGCUUGCCAAAAUGUAGAGAGCUGGGGCCUGGACGUCCAGCUCUGCCAAGCUCGAAGCUUCGUGACAGCCCUGACAGCACUGUGGCCCAAGGCCACAGCCAGUCUAAGCUCGUAUCGAAGAAGCGCAUCAUUGCUGAAGAUGCUCCGCAAGCGAAAGUAGCUACGACGGCCCUGGGUGUGCGAAGUGCAAGUCCAAGUCCGUUCAGGGUACGGCCUUCAGGCUAUGAUUGCAAGAGGCGUGCCGUCGCAUCAGCAGUGUGGGCUGCCAAGCUUGGAGCGGAGAAUGCAAUCCGCCUUGUCAGUACCAGAUUGCCACAGAGCGCCGUAGCAAAACAGCAGAGCAGCUGA